AUGUCCCCGCAGCCUGGAGAUGAUGUUUCUUCGCCGGAUUCCGUACGUCCUAGCGGCAUCGCCAGCGUCUUCCGUGGCCUGACCGGCUCAAAGUCGACAAAAUCUCCGCCGCCGCUUGCAUCGUCUGUGGCGGCGCUUCCAAGGACCGACUUCAGCAAUGCCACGCCGAUAAGCUCUCGCGGCCUGUCCGCGAACCACAUGGACGCUUUUGAGCUAUUGAAGAAUGGCAACCAAUCCGAACGUAUAUCAGCUGCCAAUACACUCAAAUUCGCAAUUGCAGAAUAUCCACUUAACCCCGUCCUUGAAAUAUGGUACGCAGCCAAGGACCUUAUCGACUCAAACAAGCCGAGCGCUAUGCGACAGGCCGGCUGGGAGCUGUUGACAGAAUGUGUCAAGCAUUCAUCUUCGACAGAUUUGGAGCGAAAGGAGUAUUUCCAGACGAUAAUUGCUCCAGCAAGCCCCGACGAUUUUCAUUUGCAGCUUGCUGCGCUGGUGGACCUCACCAACCGCGGCCGCAUACUAGCCGGGUUUGAUUAUGAGCUGCUUCCCCUACUGACAAAGUGGCUUCAAGAAGCAUACAAUGCCGCCCGUGCAGCUCGAAAGGCCUCCCAGACCUCUCGUGGGCAGAGGAGCACCAAGAACAAGGCGGCGGCGUCUGGAGAAGAUCAAAAUUUUACGCAACUCUUUGUAUUCGUCAUGGACGUCAUCAAGUUCAACUUCAACACCGCCGAUCAAAACUCGAUAACUGGCCUAAUCGACCGUCUACUUGGCAUCUGUAUGAGUACGAGUGUCGAAGAGGACCUGCGUUCUUGCAUAUCUGCUAUCGAUGCUAUUGUUACCUUUGGCUCGGUCCCCAUCAACAGACUGAAGAACACAAUACAGGUUCUCAGCUCCAUUUUCUGUCUCGUCCCAAACCUCCACAAAGAGUCUUGGCACACCCUGGCGAACCUCUGCAAGUCACACAAUGGCCAAGCAUCAGUUCGUAUCCUGCUCGAUGUUCUUCGUAACCCGUCGCUGGAUGAAGUCGGCAGCAAGGACAUGGGCCGCGACAUUAGGGGUGCCCUUACUGUCUUACGGAAGCUGCUGUCCAAGACGACUGAAAAAGGCUAUCCCACCGUUCCAUAUGCUCUGUUAGUGGAUGGCUUAUCUAACACCCUCAAAAUCUCAUCCUCGCCAAGAACUUAUUCCGCCAUUCUUCAACUCAUCAACUCCCUGUUCGACGACGGAAACGGGCAGUUGCAUCGUUUGGUCCUUGAAGAGGAUUGGACGGUUCCAUUGGAGACGGCAGCAGAGUGCUAUCGCAAGGUCCAGGAAACCCAUGAUAUGGUAGCAGAUGGCCGGGCUAGGGAUACUUCUAACGAUGAGAGCCUCAUCCAAGAGCUCCAGCUGCUUAUCGCUCGGCUAGACGUGGUGGUAACACAAAAGUCGGGUGAUUUUGUCCCUAGACAAACUGUCAUCAAGUUCUUCACUGAUGUUCAUCAACUCCUUCCUGAUAACACGGCCCGUACCGUGCUUGAUUACUUCCAAGAGUUCCGAUGUUGCUCUCCCUCAGAUCUUCGGUGGGAAGAAAACUUGAAACUCGUGCUUGAAGGAUUUUUCAAUGACCGAAGCCGCUCCUCGGAGACGCGGCUGCGUGCUCUUCAGACCAUGAUGGAUGCUUACGAAAUCGUCGACUUAGUGGGCGAUGGGGACGAGCAAGACUUCAUUCCUCGCCUUGCCAAGGCCAUCCUCCAGGAUGUUAUCGAGGAGGUGGAUGUCUUGGUCUUGGAUGCCAUCAUAUCGUUGAUGACCUCGGUAGUCAUUUCAUGUGAUAUAGACCUCUUUGACUUUGUUAUUAACGCGUUGCGAGUAAUCGUCAUCAGCGACCGAUUGAAAUCGCCCAUUGCAUCGCCUACAUCGCCGGUAGUGCUGCCAAUCUCACAGACCACUGUUGAGCACACAGAAUCACCAGUAGAACAGUCGCCUUCAAACGUCGUUACGCGGGGAUACGUCAAAAUGUUUCUACGGCUAAUGAAUUUCCACAACGACAAAAGUGUGAAGCUCUUCAAUGUGCUGGUCAGCAUCGCAGGCCUAGAGCAUUGCGAGGUAGAUGCUCGGCUGACUGCCAUGAAAUUGCUUUUCAGGCUCCGCGCCGACUGGGCGGACCGAAUCUUCAUUACCAACAACCUGGAGGCCAUGUCUACCGCCACCACCCUGUGUCGUACGGAGAGCUCGCUGGCAAAGAAGCAAGCCGAAGAGGCAGCAAAUACGGCUCGACUAUCGAGAAUUGAUGCCGGCAUGCAAUCUCGCUCAACAGCACGCGGGGCAUCUAUUGGCGGAGCGUCUAUUAGCGGAGCAUCUAUCGGCCAAGGCCGAACCGGGCCCAGACAGGGCCAUAUGUGGAAAUAUCCUGACCCAAAUGCACUUCCGGAGGCUGUCCCUUCCAUGAUUAGCCCUGUUCUCAGAUCUCAUGUUCACACCGAGCCUGAAGUGGAAGGGGAAGAGCAUCUAGCCGAGAGACCAGAGUACCAGCCUUGUGCUCUCAACCUAUCUGCUUGGUUGGAUACGGUAUUGCAUAUGCUUAAGGGAUGCGAUUGGGAGAUAUACAGUUUUGUCUUGGUGCAUCUACCGUCACAACUGAGUAAUCACGCAGUUUUCAGGGAUGCGAUAAAGCAGAUACAAGAUCUUCGCAAGCUGAUAUGCGAACAAAUUCGGCUGAACAGCUUUCAGGAGCCUCCCAAUGCGCUGGGUCUUCGCCGGGCCGAUAUAGCGAUUUGUCUCUACCACAGCUUAACCAUGAUUCUGAGCUACCACGAACACUUUUUAAAGGCUGACGAGGAUGAAAUCGUAAAAAUGUUUGUCCAUGGAAUAUCUACUUGGGAACGAAGCGCCAAAUGCUGUAUACACGCCUUGUCGAUAUGCUGCCAUGAGCUGCCUUUGUCAACAAGCAGAUCACUGAUCCAGAUGCUAAACCAGAUGGCGGCAAUCAUCACACAGCCCUUCGUUUCUGUUCAUAUCCUGGAAUUUCUUGCCUGCCUGAGUCGACUGCAUAAUGUUUACGUCAACUUCAGAGAAGAUGAGUUCAAAAUUGUCUUCGGAAUCUGCUUCCGAUACCUUGAAUACGCCAGAGACAAGAGGCAGGUGCAACGGAAUACUCAUAUGAGUGAGCUAUCAACACCUAUUACGGCGUCGGAGCCUUCACAGCUCACUCCGUCAGACGAUCUUCCUCAAUAUGUCCAUGCCCUAGCCUACCAUGUUAUCCUGUUUUGGUUCUUAGCACUCAAGUUACCCGAUCGUGCCAACCACGUUGGCUGGAUCGUCAAAAAGCUGUUUGCGGAUUCUGAUGGCCCUGUACACGGCACAGACGACCAUGCCAUUACGUCAAUUGACUUUAUGCAAAGAGUCACUUAUGCCGAUGUUGAUGAAUCAGCAGAAGAUCCUUACUUCACCGAAGACCGUUUUGGUGACAUUGCGGUGAGGCGAUGGCUAGUUGGGAACAGUAUCGUCACUGUCAAGCAAGCCACGGUGUCCGGGUGGGCUCAGAUAAUCAAGAGGCAGCCGUCAGGCACAUCGGCAUACACGGUUCGUGAAUCAUAUAGGCCUCCUCCUCCUCACCAAGUAGAGAAUCAUGUCGACAUCACGAGAGAGGGCCAACCCACGCCCAACUUGAUUUUGCCCAGCCAUUUACUAGUGCAACUUAUGUCUCCAAUUCCGCAGACGCACGAUUCUGCAAGGCCCAUCCCCUUGCCAGAUGAUGAGGUAACCGAUCGAACCAUCAGAGUCUUUGAUCGCCUUUCCAGUCUCGAUGGGCACAAAGUCGGUGUUAUAUACAUCGGCGAAGGCCAAACUGAAGAGGCAGAAAUAUUGGCAAACGUCUCGGGGAGCGGCGACUAUAUUGAAUUUCUCAAUAAUCUCGGAACUUUGACUAAGCUCAAGGGCGCAAACUUUAAUACGCAAGGCCUGGAUCGGGAGCACGACACCGACGGACAGUAUACGUUUUGCUGGAGAGACAGGGUGACCGAGAUGGUCUUUCAUGUCACCACACAAAUGCCGACAAACCUUGAACGAGAUCCGCACUGCGUGGCGAAGAAGCGACAUAUUGGCAAUGACUUUGUCAACAUCAUCUUCAAUGACUCUGGCCUUCCGUUCAAGUUCGAUACUUUCCCGAGUCAGUUCAACUGUGUUAACAUCGUGAUCACACCUGCGUCUCCUGCUUCGUUUCUGGCCACUAGGGAGUCAGAUUCGGAGCAGGCUCAUAAGAAGAAGUUCUACACGGUGCAAGUGAUGAGCAAACCGGGAUUCCCUGCAAUCUCGCCUGCGUCCGACACCAAGAUGGUCUCCUUAAAGGCCCUGCCUGCCUUCAUCCGGCUCCUUGCCCUCAAUGCGUCCGUGUUCGCCCAUGUUUGGCACAACCGCGAGGGUGGCGAGCACAUCAGUUCCUGGAGCGGCCGUCUUCGGGAGAUCAAGCGGCUACGGGAGAGACAUGGACCGAAGAUUGGUUCCGUGUCAUCUGCACCACCGACGCUUCUCGCCGGCUCCAUACCGAUCCAGCCACCACCACCACUGCAACCAUACCAAGACAUGGGUCAACUACCCGGCAGUAGCGUGAGGGACAGUUUCAACAGCCUGCGCAGGACGAGCGUAGCUACCUUCUUCACCAACACGAGCGAGCAGACGUCUCAUCGAUCAUCAAUACUGUCUACAGCUCCGACAAACGACACCGAGGUUGGCACCGUAAAUGGGCUAGACUCGCUAGUUGAAUCGGUUGAUUUUUCGAAAUGGGGAUGA